UCAUUCACUGGAAGCUACUUUGACUCGCUCAUGCAGUUGCUUAGAAUGCUUGAUCUUGUGAGAUAUUAGCCAAGCAGUUAAUGGGAAUCAUUGCUCACAUCAGGUUAAUGGAAUGAGGGGCCUCAGGGGCCUUGGUGUGGCACUCCUUCUGACCUUCUUAUCUUCUGUGUAUAGCUUUAAUAUUCCAUCUGAAGUGGAGCAACUACCAACAAUCACAGCUCAGUCUCCAAAAACUAUCGUUGCCUUGUCAUUUGAUGAUAAUUUCACUUUAACAUGUGAAGCCAAAGGAAAUCCAAAACCAACGUUUCGCUGGACCAAGAAUGGCCAGGAAUUUAAUCCACACGAGCACUCCAGACUCAUAAAAUAUGAGAACAGUGGAAGUUUUGUGAUUCCAAACAACAACAAAUACCUUGCAGAAUAUCAGGGCAAAUACAGAUGUUAUGUCUCCAACAAACUGGGAACGGCAAUAUCAGAGGAAUCUGAAUUCAUUGUGCCAGUUCCACCAAAGUUUCCAAAAGAAAGGAUAGAACCACUGUACAUUAAUGAGGGAGAUUCUGUGAUUUUGGAAUGCAACCCCCCUAAAGGCAUACCACCUCUUCAGCUCUACUGGAUGACUAUAAAUCUUCAGCACAUUGAACAGAGUGAACGAGUGUCUAUGGGCCUGAAUGGAAACCUGUACUUCUCAAACGUGCAAGAAGAGGACAGCCGUAGUGACUACUGCUGCUUUGCUUCCUUCCCUAGAAUACGUACCAUUGUACAGAAAAAUGCCAUGGCUAUUGUGGUCAAUCCCUGUAACCUUAAAUAGAAAUCAGUCAUUUAACAUAAACUGGCGUUUCUAAUUUCAGGUCUAGACAGAAAACCGAGGCUGCUGGUGCCCUCUACUGAUGAGUCUAAAAAACACAUGGUACAAGGAGAGGAGCUAGAGCUGGAGUGUAUUGCCGAGGGAUUUCCAACACCAGUGAUUGAAUGGAGCAAGAAAGGAGAGAAGUUGCCAAAACACACAAAUAUCAAGAACUACGGAAAACUACUGACUAUAAUGAAAGUUAAAGAGGAAGACAGCGGGAAAUACACGUGCAAGGCCAGUAAUUCUGCUGGAGAAGCUGUACAUCAGUUUGAUAUUACAGUGGAAGAGCCUCCACGCUGGGUAGAGGAGCCCAUAAAAAGUCAGGUAGUGUCCAUUGGAUCCGACAUUUACAUCAAGUGUCAUGCUGCAGGGAGGCCCCAGCCCACAAUCACGUGGAUGAGAAAUGGCAGACCUCUUACCGAGUUUCCUUCACCUCACAUAAAAGUGCUCAAUGACACCAUUACCAUUCAGAAAGCGCAACCAAAUGACAGUGCAGCAUACCAGUGUGAGACCUCCAACAGACAUGGCACAUUACUAAGCAAUACCAAUAUUUUGGUGUUGAAUCACCCUCCCUUGAUUCUGACACACAAUAAUUCAGACUAUGCCAGUGUGCUUGGGAAAAGCGCCAUCAUGGACUGCAAAGUGUUUAGUUCUCCACCUGCUUCUCUACAAUGGGAAAAAGAAGACCCAAAGGGUUCUGUGAUGGGAGAACGUUUCACUCUUCAUGAAAAUGGCUCCCUGCAGAUUCACACCACUAAGAUGGAAGACACCGGAAAAUAUAAGUGUGUUGUUAAAAACUCAGAGGGGCUCUCUAGCAUCACUGCAGCACUUCAUAUAAAAGAUCCAACAAAAAUUGUCACCCCUCCUCAAGAUACACUGGUCAAAAGAGGGACCACAGGAGAGCUUCAGUGCAAGGCAAAGUAUGAUUCAUCUUUCACUGAUCAGCUGGAAAUUCUCUGGCAGAAGGAUGAGGAAGAUUUACCUUUGGAAAGCACUGACGAAUCUGGAUACCACAUUCAUGAGGGAAUACUACAGAUCAUCAAUGUAAGCCACAGUGAUAAAGGAAUGUACACAUGCAUUGCUAGAUCACCUUUGGACCAGGAUACGGCAUCUGCACAUCUUAUUGUGCUAGAUGUUCCUGACCCUCCAGUUAAUUUAACAUUAUCUGACCUGAGAGAUCGUAGUGUGACACUACAUUGGGUGCCCACUGAUGACCAUAACAGUCCCAUAACAGAGUACGUUAUUGAGUUUGAAGAGAACCAGUGGGAGCCUGACACUUGGAAGCCACUACUGCGAGUAUCUGGUUCCCAGAGCUCUGCUCCUCUCUCAUUAUAUGGCCACAUAAACUAUCAGUUCAGAGUCAGUGCUGUCAACGCUAUUGGCAGAGGCAGUCCCAGCGAACCAUCUGAGAGAUAUAAAACCCCUUCUGCUGCUCCAGAUAGAAAUCCUGAGAGUAUAAAGAUUGAGGGUCUUUUGCCACAACAGAUGCACAUCACUUGGGAGCCUUUGCUGCCUGUAGAACACAAUGGGCCUGGUCUGGAAUACAAGCUUAGCUACAGGCAGAUGGGUGUUGAGGAAUUCUGGACAGAACACAUGUUAAAGAGGCACUCAUAUGUGGUAAAGAACACCCCAACGUUUGUUCCAUAUGAGGUGAAGGUCCAUGCUCACAAUAACCAUGGAUGGGCAGUGGAGCCAACAGUGGUGAUUGGAUAUUCCGCGGAAGACUUGCCAGUAGCAGCUCCUGAAAAUGUGAGUGUGGAGGUGUUGAACUCUACAAUGCUUGGGGUCAGCUGGUCAUCUCUAAACCAAUCCCAGAUCAGAGGACAUCUGCAAGGUUAUAGUGUAAACUGGUGGAGAACAAAAAGUCUGUUGAAGGUUCUAGAAAAACCUGCUGAGAAGCAGUUCCUCAUUGUCUCAGGGAAUAAGAGUCACACAAUGGUGCCAGGACUAAAGCCUUUUUCUGAGUACCAUCUCACUGUCAAUGUCUUUAAUAGGAAGGGCAAUGGCCCCAGCAGCAAACCACUCAACUUCACAACACCACAGGGAGUUCCUGACAGCCCUCCUAUUCUGAGAGCCACUAACCCUCAGGAUAACUCGAUCACACUGGUGUGGGCUCCACCACAUGAGCCCAAUGGGAUUCUCACAGGAUAUAGGCUGCAGUACCAGAAAUUAGUGUUUAAUGAGACUUUGGAUGUAGGAGAACCAUAUGUAGUAAACAUCAGUGGACCAGACACUACACAGUGGGUUUUACAUGAGCUGGAAAAAGACAGCCAGUACAGAUUUUCCCUGAGCGCUUGUACUGAUGUGGGCUGUGGACCAGAUAUCAGUGAAGAGGCAUUUACUGCUACUGCAGCAAGCCAGUCCAGGCAGCAUGAAGGCAGCACUACUUGGCUUGUGGGAAUCUUGUGUGCUGUGGCUUUAUUCACUCUGGCAAUUUUGAUCGCCUGCUUUGUGACCAAAAGCAAAGGAGGAAAAUAUUCAGUAAAAGAGGAGAUAAUCCGGAAACAUCUGGAGGCGCAUGGUGUGAAUCGAGAGACUUCGAGUGAAUCCAGCGACAGUGAUCAUAAGCCUCUCAAGAGUUUUCAGAGGGAGACAUCACCACAGAGAGAAGACAGUUUUAGUAUGGAUGGCUCUGAAGACUAUGGCGAUGAGGAUGGCGAGUUUCGAGAGGACGGAUCAUUCAUAGGUGAAUAUGUUGAUUAUAUGCGAAAGAUGUCCAGUAAUGGACACACUGAGGUGACAGCUUGA